AUGGGAGAUUCUGCGGUGACCUCUCAUUCUUCAAUGGCUUCCGCAACUCCUAAGGUCUCUGAUCUUACGCAAUUUGUUUUCGUCAAGUUAGGUGCUCUUGACUAUCUCGCUUGGGUGUAUCAGUUCCCGUCAUUACUCCAGAGCAAUGAUCUUCUUGGCCUCAUUGACGGUUUUAACUCUUCUCAUCCAAAGUUUGUCGAUGCCUUGGCCCGUCUUGCUGGAACUAUCAAUCCAGCUUUUGUUCUUUGGAAAAGACGUGAUGCUGCCCUAUCCUUAGUUGGCUUAUAUCUACAUUGGAAAAACCUUUGGUGGCUUCAAUGUAUUGCAUAUGCACUUCUAAGGAAGCCUGGGAGUCUUUGGCAAGGUAGGAAGAAAUCUUCUACCUUUUCCAAGCCAUGUAUGGCUGCAGAUAGUUCACAGCCUUGCACCACUCAGGCCUUGAGUUCUACAUCUCAUCUUGCACCAGGAUGCUCCGAUUGUCCAUAUCAAACUUGUGGUCGUGAGAACCACCAUACCCUUGAUUAUUUUCGAAGAUAUGAUUACGCCUUCCAUGGGUGA